AUGGUCAAUCUUCAAUGUCAGAUAACAGUAAGGCUUAGAUCGUCCCGAAGUCGGUGCCUCAGGGAUAUUUCCCUCACCGCUUGCAUUUCGGUGAUCUCCAACUCUCCGCAUCUUUCUCACUCCAAUUCGGUGGUCGUGUGCCACAAUGGAGACCUGGCUGUAAACGAUGUCGGACCUCUCAGGUUCGCGAUCUACGAUCCCUCCCCUCCUCCACCUCCGCCACAGAAGUACUCCAAUCGCGCCGCAAAUGCCCUUGCUAGAUUCGCCCAACCUUUCUUCUCGGGCUCGAGACCACCUAGUCCCCAAAGCAGUCGUGUGGAUGGUCCCCGGUCGAUCAGAUCCAAAUCACUACCAGGAGAACCGCAGACUGUGACCCACAAAACAGGCAUCGCAAUCACGGCUUUGGACAUUUCGCCUGAGCGGACACAUGCGGUUAUUGCAGGCAAGGAGAUUCUCAAAACCAUCCAGGUCUCGCCCGACCGCUCGUCAGAGGAAUUCAAUAUCCGCAAUGCAGUCAUUAGCUAUGCAUCUACCCACCAUGAUGCGGGCGUUUCGAUGCCACACAAGGACCAAUUGAAUGUGAAGGACGUAAAAUGGUCACAUGGUAACUAUGACCGGAUAAUCGCAACUGCAGUCGCGAAUGGUCGGAUUGUGGUUUACGACCUACAGCGGCCCGGCCUCCAAUUAUGUCGAUUCCAUGGUCACAACCGCCAGGUGCACAGGCUUGCCUUCAACCCUCAUCUUCCUUCUUGGCUCCUCUCUGGCAGUCAAGAUGGCACAAUUCGGAUGUGGGAUCUGCGAGCCGCCUCUGCGAAUCGGGGAACUUCCACGUGCGGUAGCAAACAUUCGUAUCAGGGCAAUAGCGAUGCCAUCCGAGACGUCCGGUGGUCUCCUAACGAUGGAGUCAUAUUUGCAACUGCUUCAGACAGCGGUGCGAUCCAGAUGUGGGAUUAUCGGAAGGUCAACGCCCCAUUGAUGAGAAUUGCCGCUCAUGAUCGCCCAUGCUUCGCAGUGGACUGGCACCCAGAUGGAAAGCACAUUGUCAGUGGUGGCACGGAUCGCCAGGUGAAGGUCUGGGACUUUUCUUCAUCUGCAGAGCGACGGCAGAAACCUGCAUUCCAAUUCCGAACGCCCCAGUCGGUCACAAAUGUGCGAUGGAGGCCUCCUUCUUGGGUUGGUCAGUCUCCUGCCUCGGGGGAAUGGCAAUCGUCUCAAGUUGUCACGUCCUACGACAAAGAAGAUCCACGCGUUCACCUUUGGGAUCUCCGUCGCCCGCACAUUCCAUUCCGUGAGUUCGAUCGGUACGAUGCACCCGCCUCGGAUCUGCUCUGGCGCUCCAAGGAUCUCUUGUGGACGGUCGGCGAGACCGGGGCCUUUACCCAGACCGAUGUUCGGUAUGCGCCAACUGUGAUCAAUCGCCGACCGAUGUGCUCCGUGGCCUGGAGUCCCGAUGGCGAGUUUGUUGCGUUCAGUCAACAAAGGCCCAGGCGACGUCCUCUGGGAGUCAAUGCCGCUGAAUUUCUACGGCCCGAAGAAGACGAGGACAGCACCGGUGAGAGAUCACUGAGUCAAAGCCCCGCAGAUGAUAUCUUCGAUGAAGCUGUUUUGGCCACUUCCCUUCGGAAUCGGCAUAUCAAAUCGGCGGCGAUUCGACCAUCCAAAUCCUUGGGCAGUACUCCACCCGGGGCAGUGGAUUUCAUACCUGUGCUCCCUCUAGAACAAGCAUUAGCCAAACUCGCAACCCCAACGCCUAGCCAGGUGGGGAUCAUUACAAGUAUUCCGGGUGCUACAAACGACCCAGCAGUCUUCCGGUAUUUGGCAAGCCACUAUGCACCGUUGAUGAAUGAGCACAGUGAUCAUAGAACGCAGACCGACGUGCUGAACUCUUUGAUCGAGUCACUGGACCAUAACGCUGAAUGUGCAGAUGAGGUGUCCCUGGCUAGACUGGCCCAGACUUGGAGAAUUGUCAAAUUCGCUAUUCUUCAAGAACUCGAACGUAGAGCCAGAGAUCAUCCAACAAAAGGUGGUCAGAGAGACAGGUCAUCCAAGGAUGGAGGCUUGAUAGACAGGCCGCGACCCGAUGAUGGUCGACAAGACAGAGUCAAAAGUCGGUUGUUCAAAGGGGUCAUGGAAGCGGUCCCGGAAGCUGAGAGCUCGUCGAAUAUGACCACCCCUCUUGCGCGACCAUUGCCCGACUCCCCGAAAGACUCGUGGUCGAGCACUGAUUCCCAAAUCCCCUCAUUGGGCGAUGGGGCGAUCGACAUUGACCCUCUUCCGCCAUCAGUCUUGAGUGAUCAUAAUGGCUGGGGGAUGUCAGACCGUAUACCCUUGCCGCGUGGACGACAAUCAUCAACCGAUGAUGCUGAUUCAUCGAAAUAUCUAUGGGACCCCAUGCAAGAAGACUUGGACAUAGAGCAACGGUCUGCGCCUCGGGCAAUUACUGGCAAAGCAGAUUGGCGUCGUCGUGGUCAUGCAGACUCCCCUCAGGAAAAUUCCGAGGAUGAUUAUGACCAGGAACUGGAGGAUAAGCGUGCAGCGAUCCGUGACUACAAGCAAUUCCCCAAAGAAACCAUUGACUCUUGA